AACAUGCUGCGCAGCUUUACACGUCUCACCUCGCCCAGGCUACUUAACGCGUUGCGCACUUUUGCCACAGCAGACACAGGAAAAGAAGAAAUCUUAGUUGAACGUCUCGGAGGGGAACGCAAAGGCAUUACGGUGAUCAGCCUCAACCGACCACAAGCAAAAAACUCCUUUAGCCGUAGUUUGGUUAAAGCUUUCGAAAAUGUUUUGGAUGAAUUGGAGCAUGAUAACGGCUCUCGCUGUGUGAUUUUACGUAGCGCGUCACCCGGCAUUUUCUGCGCUGGCGCUGAUCUCAAAGAACGCAAAACAAUGACACAAGAGGAGGCUACGGAAUUCGUCACAAAUUUACGUGAAUUGUUGAUGUCACUGGAACAGUUGCCAAUGCCCUCGAUAGCUGCGCUCGAUGGUGCGGCAAUUGGUGGUGGACUUGAAAUGGCUUUGGCUUGUGAUAUGCGUACCGCAUCCGAAGAUACCAAAAUGGGUUUGGUAGAAACACGCCUAGCUAUUAUACCCGGUGCGGGUGGCACCCAACGUCUGCCGCGUAUACUUUCACCGGCACUGGCCAAGGAGCUCAUCUUUACAUCACGUGUGCUAAACGGCAAGGAGGCUAAAGAGUUGGGUAUAGUUAAUCAUGUUGUACCACAAAAUGAAACUAAGGAUGCAGCAUACCUGAAAGCUUUAGAAAUCGCUGAGGAAAUAUUACCAAAUGGACCAGUUGGUGUACGCAUGGCUAAAUUGGCUAUAGACAAGGGCAUGCAAGUUGACCUGAACACAGGUUACUCCAUUGAGGAGAUAUGCUAUUCGCAGGUUCUGCCAACCAAAGAUCGUUUGGAAGGUUUGCAGGCAUUCGCCGAGAAACGCAAGCCAGUGUAUAAGGGAGAAUAGGGAAGCUUACACUGAGUGUUGGAAUGCGAUGGGUUACUUAGUUAUACUUAAGAAUUAUUGGGGGAAGCGAGCGAGUUUUAAUUUUUUGGAAGGCAAUAAAAAUGGUAGUUUAUAAAGGCUAAA